GUCAUUUAACAUAUUUCUAUCUUUUUUUUGGUUAACACUUUGGUUUGGGGUUUCUAUCAGCAAUAACAUAACUGCCGCUCUUCAUUCUCUCUCAUUUCUUUCGCUCUACAUUGGCUCUGUGUUUUUUGAAUUAUCUAUUGAUUUCCAUUAGGGUUUUCUCACUUCUUUGAUCGAUUGAAUUAUAUAUGUUCCGUCAAUCCAUGGCGUUUCCUCCACCGAUCCAUGGUUCCGAUGCACCGCCGCCGCCACAGCCGCCGUCGGUGGUGAACGGGAUUGAAACCUCUAGACGGCAGCAGCAACAGAUUGCAGCAGCUUCUUCUUCGCCGGUGAAAUCUCAUCCGCUUCAUAACUUCCCUUUGUCUGAUCUCAGAUGGGCUAUGAAUCACGCCAAUACACACCGGCUCCGCAAAGCAUCGAGUAGAUCUCCGCUUCGUGAAGCUAAUACUGGGAAAGGAAAUCUGGUGAUUGAGGAGGUGAACGAAGCUUCAGGUUCUUCGUUUGAAUUGAGACCGGAGAAGAAGAAGGGAAACGCGUCUGGUGUUAGCGAUUCCGCCGCAGAUAGAUCCGCGACGAAGUCAACGACGCCGGACGGUAGAUCGAAGAUCUUUAUACGGAUCCGCACGAAGAACAACGAAGAAACAGCUGUAUCGACUGAUAUCGCCACCUCCGUCGCCGCCUCUGUUCAAGUGACUGAUGAUUCAGCUGGUCCGGCGAUCGAUGCUGAAGGUGAACGGAUCUCCGAUGGUGGUGGUCAGGAAGCAGACGAGUUUGGACCGAAGACUUGGAAUCUGAGGCCGAGGAGACCACCGCCGACGAAGAAGCGGUCAAUUGGACACGGCGGUGGGGUAUUGAAGAGCUGUAACGGUGCUUUACCGGAGAAUAAAUCUCUGGGAACGGUAAGAACAGAGUCAAUACGAUCGAGGAACGGUGUAGAUGCUAAGAUGGCGACGACGGAAAGAAAGGAGAAGAAACCGAGGUUAUCGAUAUCGCUCUCAAAGCUGGAGAUAGAUGAAGAUAUCUACGCGUUGACUGGAUCAAAACCUAGUAGAAGACCAAAGAAGAGAGCCAAGAACGUGCAGAAGCAGCUCGAUGUUCUUUUCCCUGGUUUGUGGAUGGGUAACGUUUCUUCAGAAGCAUAUAAGGUCUCAGAACAUGCUUGAAAGGGUUGAAUGAGAAUGAUGUGAAGUUAAUCUUGUUGAAUCGGAUUCGACUGAAAUCAGAUAGGAGCGUCGAAGAAGCUUCUUCCAUUGAUUGAGGUAUAAAAGGUAGUGAUUCAAUGUUGUUUGUCAUUUUUGAGUUAGACUUUCUCCUUGGUGUUAUCCCUUAUUGGUUCUUUGCAGUGCAACAAAAUAUUGUAGAUUCAUGAAUGAAAAUGUUAAAUUGAUUUCCCUGAAGAAGAGUUUUAGAUUUGCUUGCUUGGACGAUAUGUGAUGUGGCUAAUAUUUGGUGUUCUUAGAUUUCCGAUAGUUAGGGACAUAUCAUUCCUUAAGGUUAAAGUUCCUAUCUUAAUGUUAAUGAUUUGCGUCUUAACCUUACAUAUUUUAAAAUCCUGAUUUGGUGUAGAGUGAGGAUGUGAACUCUGAAGUUGCUAUGAUUUCGAGGUCUAGACUUAGAUAAAAUGGACUCACUUUGUAUAAUAAACCUUCACUUUCUCAUGUCUCUAUCUGUACUGUGAUGAUGCAGAACUGCGAAUGAUUCGUUUCUUCAAGUUUUGGCUUCAUUACUGGCUCGUCGGUUUCAAGAGCCGAAUUCAACUUCAACUUCAGAUACGGUCUUAAGUCCUAACUGUCGGCAGUAUAAAAUGUGAAUCAAACUAGUUUUCUGAUCCAGUCGUCUUAUUUGUUACCACUGAUGUGAGGUGUUGAUACGGCCUCUAUUUUUUUUUUUCUGUUUAAUUCAUUCACUUUGUGUAAUAAGAUUAGUGGGAUAGCCUGACUUUUUGUAAAGGUGGAAAAAUAAAAUCAGAAUUAUC